AUGACCGCGCUGGCUGGGUCUAUUCCCAGGAUGAUGCGACCCACGCUGGCUCAGAAUUACCCUCGCAGUGGCUUCCCUCUCGAAGUUUCAACUCCACUGGGCCAAGGCCGCGUAAACCAGCUCGGUGGAGUUUUCAUAAACGGCAGGCCUUUGCCUAACCACAUCCGACACAAGAUCGUGGAGAUGGCCCAUCACGGCAUCAGACCGUGCGUCAUCUCCCGGCAGCUGCGGGUCUCCCACGGCUGCGUGUCCAAAAUCCUGUGCAGGUACCAGGAGACUGGCUCCAUCAGACCCGGCGCGAUUGGAGGCAGCAAACCAAAGCAGAUGACGACACCGGACGUGGAGAAAAGAAUAGAAGAAUGCAAGCGGGAAAACCCGGGUAUGUUUAGCUGGGAGAUUCGGGAUAAAUUACUGAAGGAUGGAAUAUGUGACCGCGACAAUGUCCCUUCAGUGAGCUCAAUCAGUCGGGUGAUGCGCAGCAAGUUUGGGGGUAAAAACGAUGAAGAGGAGGAUGAGGAUGACCUGGAGAAGAGCGAGUUGGAGGAAAGUGACCGUAGGGCCAAGCACAGCAUUGAAGGCAUCUUGGGGGACAGAUCAAGUCACUCAGACGAGGGUUCAGAUGUGGAGUCAGAGCCUGAUCUGCCACUCAAAAGGAAACAGCGACGGAGUAGGACAACCUUUACGGCAGAGCAGCUGGAUGAGCUGGAGAGAGCCUUUGAAAGGACCCACUACCCUGACAUCUACACCAGGGAGGAGCUGGCGCAAAGGGCUAAACUGACUGAGGCCAGAGUGCAAGUGUGGUUCAGCAACCGAAGAGCCAGGUGGCGGAAGCAAGCUGGAGCCAAUCAACUGAUGUCCUUUAAUCACCUGAUUCCUGGGGGUUUCCCACCUUCAGCCAUGUCCAGCCUCACUCCUUACCAACUUUCUGAUAGUCCCUAUCCUUCCUCAUCCAUAUCACAAGAGCCAGCCAGCACGCUACAUCGACCGCAGCCUCUUCCGCCUUCCUCGGGUCACCAAGUACCCAGUGGUGGAGGACAAGGUGAAGGAAGUUCUGCCUACUGCCUUGCCUCUGGACGCCACUCCUUCUCAGGAUACUCGGAAAGCUAUGUGAGCCCCACGGGCCCACCCAAUCCAUUGAACCCAGUCAUUGGGAAUGGCCUCUCACCGCAGGUGAUGGGUCUGCUGAAUCACGGUGGAGUUCCGCAUCAACCUCAAAGCGACUAUGCCAUCUCCCCUUUAACUGGUAGUCUUGAAGCACCUCCUGGCAUGGCUACCAGUUGCAGCCAACGCAUGGACCAUAUCAAAGGUCUGGAGGGUCUAACCAGUGUGCCCUCCAUGUCAGCUCUGCCGUCCUUGCCCAGCUCCCAGUCCUACUGCACUCCCACCUACAGCUCCCAGGGCUACACGGUCGACCACAUGGCAUCCUACCAGUAUGGACAGUACGGACAAAGUUCCCUUCCUUAUUUGAGGCCUGAGAUUGCCUGA